GCCCGUAUAAGAUCGACUUGUCCACACUGCCAGUGCAAGUCCUAUGUCUGGAUUUCUUCGCAUCCUCUCAUCCUCAUUCUUUCUCUUUCUUUCUUUCUCUCUCUCUCUCUCUCUCUCCUUCCUUUCAUCUCUUUGUUUCUCUUAUCUCUGUCCGUUCUCUUCAUUAUAAAGUAAGGUCGACGUGUUGUUAUUAGAUAUCUGCAGUGUUGUUUGGUAUCAAAGAGUUUCUGUUGGUCUGCGUAGAUCGUGGACUUCGGACUCUUGUAGAAGAGAGAGAUUUACAAAUUGAACGUGGACAGGCUCGCGUGGAUUGGUGUGGUAGCUUGUCUGGAGGCGGUUUUGAAGUUCUUAAUUUCUGUCGAGAAGAAUGGCAGCAGUUCAAUCGAGUGGGACUCUUUCAUUCUUCGAUAGCGCGUGGUUUUUCAAGCUGCAUAAAUGUGUCAGCAGCAAACGGAGCGGUAGCAGCAAGUCGUCGUCUACUGCUAAGGGGGAGGAGGCUGGCUGUGGGGGUUCCGUGAAAGCCGAGGAGGAGCAGUCGUCGGCUGUGAAGUGCGACGUGGUUGAAGGGUUGACGAAAGAUGAUUGGAAUUGCUCAAGGCGGUCGGUUUCCUCGGCUUGCAAGGAGUACUCGGCUGCACAUGAGUUUUGCGACAAGGCGGCGGUGAGCCUGGAGUCGGUAAAAUCUGAUCCCGAAGAGAUGAGAAGGGUGUUCCAGAGGUUCGAUGAGAACACCGACGAUCGAAUCUGCGCCAAGGAUCUGCGUCAGUUCAUGGGCCGGUUGGGAUUUCACAUGUCCGAGGAAGAGGCGGCGUCUAUGCUGGCGAGCGUCGAUCACAAUGGCGAUGGCAGCGUCGACUUCGACGAGUUCUUCUCGCUGUACAUGUCUCUGGUCGAGCAACAGACGGAGGACGAGGAGGAGACGUUGCUUGAAGCUUUUCAGGUGUUCGAUAAAAAUGCCGACGGAUUCAUUACAGCUCAAGAGCUUCAGACCGUCCUGCUGGAUCUCGGAAUGCCGGAAGGGAAGAGCCUGAAGAACUGCGAGAAAAUGAUUCGCAGUGUGGAUGCCGACGGUAAUGGCGAGAUCGACAUCACCGAGUUCAAGCAAAUGAUGAGUUCAACCAUGUGCUUCUGAAGUACUGGUAGACUCUUCGAUAUUGUAGAAGGCUUCUAGGCUAAGCAGCUGAGCUCAGCUCAACUCAGCCCAUUCACAAAUAUCGGCACAGUUUGUGAUUUUCACAUACUGCUCUUGACUGCACUUGAAAUUCCAGUGCCCAGUCUGUGCAAAUCACAUCACCUGUAGGAUUUCGAUUGUUCUUCAGUCCUCGAUGGGGUACUUUCGAUGUCCAUGUAUUUGCUCUUUCAGGUCUUAGCAAGGUUCCCAGCAGCAGACUGCAGACAACACAUUUAUAGUCCAAAUCCAAACUACAAGCGCUUAGAAGCGAAACUAGUUAUUCAUUCAUCCCUUACAUUCUGACUUGUACAUACGUAAGUGUAUUGUAUAAUAGCUUCAGUGUUUACCCAGAAACUUACUGAGAUUUCAAAAUUGUGUAGAGAUUUCGCGGUCUUCUCAGCAGAUAUCCACAGUGCCAGAUCUGUGCACUCCAUCUGCUGGUUUUUGACCAGAAUUAUUUCUUUACAUUAAAACGUCAAAGAACCCGCUUAGAUAUCAAGAUUUCUGCCACCGUUUUCAAGCGCAAGCUUAGCUUCAGCACUUGAAUCGGAUAUAGUAUAUAAUCUAGUCCCAGAGAAAAGGAACGACCAAUGGCGAGGGACGAAUCUUGAGGUGCAAACUAUGACAGCUGCAGAGAAUGCAGCUUGUAACAGCAGUGGGAAUCACCACGAUGUCAUUUUGCAUAUCUUACUGACUAACUGGAACAAAACUGUAUAAAAAACAUUUGAGCGGAUCAGCUAUACUGGCCCUCUUUGUUUAUUCCUUGUCUUGUGUAUACUUCUCGUCCUCCUUUGUGCUCUUUGUGCACCUUCUGCAUGCGCUUUUUUUUUUAUUUUCCCUUUUAUAUUUCUCAUGGACGACGCUGCGCUUUUCUUGGACUUCAGAUUCUGUCC